AUGGACGAACAUUGCAUGGUUGAAGUGAAAACCAAUAAGACCAAAGGAAGUCCUGGUGAAUACACCACAAUCCCGUCUGGUCCAAAAACUUCCGAUGUGGCAACGGAUCGAAAACAAAUUGCUCAUGUCAAAGAUAAUCCUGAGGAUGCUAUAGUUAUUAUUACAGGUUCGACCAUCGAAGCAGCCAAAUCUAAACUCAGAAGAAAUCAGGAAUCAAGAAUAGAAAAUGGAAUCAAAUAUCUUCGAAAACGACUAGAAAUAUUAAAUUCACAGGACUUCAUGAUAUGCCCAAAAUAUAGCGAGCUCACUAAUGAAAUUUCAGAAUAUGAAUGGGAUAACAUUUUAAAGGACAUUAAUGAAAAGUCAGCAUCGGGUAAUUCAGGACAUUUUAUGUCCGGUGGCCUUAAAGGCGAUUCAACGUCAUCGCCUAUCCAUUUAAUUAACAACCUAAUAGAAGACGAAAAAAAACAGUUAUGGAUUAUGUUUCAGGACAUUGCAAAGGCAUUUGAUUCAAUCAGUAUUAAGGGCUUAGAACUCGCCUUACAACGUAUAGCUGUCCCACCACCUAUAAUGAUUCAGUGUCAGCCACCAGAGGAGAUGUUCAAUAUGUCUAGCGGAAAAAAUGCUCGUAAUCUUAGCAAGCAACGUAUAAUUGGCAUCAGGGAUGUAUUCUUACAGUCAAUUAGUAGUCGUUUAUCUGGUCAACAAGGUGCUGUAUCCAAAAAUUUCAUAUCUUAG